GUCACUAGUCUGGACCGCUCGCCGCCAGUUCCAGUCUUCGCCGGUGUUCAUACAUAACGACCUCCCUCAAACGUUGACGACCCUCACGCUUCUCUCAACCCUCUAACAACGCUACAAUGUCUAUUCCGCGCUCGCAGUCCGUGCCUCAUGUAGGCUCGCUCAAAAUCACGACCACCGACCUCCCCGGCCCCGGACCCCGCACGCGCACCCACCUGCCCCGACACCGCAGCGCGGUCGUGGUCGCGGGCCCCAUCCAACCACCGCUCUCGUCUUUGUACUCGCCGCGGAGUGAGCGGGAGGACCCGUUUAGCCUUGGCGGCUUUUUCCCCGCUCCCCUGGGGACGUUCGAGAAUUCGCCGGUGGAACACGAGUGGGAUUGGCUGCACGCCGCGGACGACGCCGCCGCGGGCACGCACCGCUCGCCCCUGAGCGCGCGCUCGACGCGCUCCGGGCUCGUCUCGCCCAUCUCGGAGGACGGCGAGUGGGAGGUGCGCACGCCGGGCUCGGCGUUCGCGGACGAGGGCGACGCGCUCGCGCGGGACGCGAUCCUGCGCGAGGACAAGAUGGGCAUCCUGGCGCUCAGCGACAGGCUGUCGAUGCCGUCGCACGGCGAUGAACUUUAUGGGGAGGAACGGCUGUUAUCGCCCUACACGCAGACAGGUGAUCCGUUGGAUGAUGAGGCUGUCUACGACGCCCUUCGAGCGCUGCGUACGGCACACAGUCGUCCGCGUGGGUCAGCUGUCAAGCACGAUGCAGCGGCCAUGCACGACCUAUUUUCUCCGCAGAAGGGGAGGGACGAUAAGAUGGAUGUCGAGGCGGACUCGACGCGGUGGGGAGCGCUUGUGUCGUGGGGAGUGAGCCGGGUGGUGGACUAUAUUUCGCCUGUCUGAGCUGCGUGGGUGUAUUCUGAAUUGUCUGGGCAUGUACACGAUGUAGAGUAGAGGAGUAUCGAGUGUGGCUGCACGGCAGACGUCCUCGGGGAGACCUGGUGCGAAUCGGCGAUGCCGAGGUGCCGCGGGACCCCG